AUGACCGCGAAAUUGCGACAACCCGGCAUUUUUGGUCAGCUAUGCUGGGACACCUACACAUUGAUCCUUUUGGGAUUCCCAGACCGGCAGGGAUCGAGUCGCGAUCAGGUCCUCUCGACCCUGGACUCUGCAGCAUUGCGAUUGCUCUCUGCAUACCCUUCGCUCGCCGGACAGGUGGUCAAUCGAGGUCGGACAGCCACCAACUCAGGCACCUACGAAAUUGUGCCGUACCCACCUCAUGAGAACAAAUCUCCUGUGAGACGAAAGGACUGCAGUGACCUUUGUCCUUCUUACGAUGAGAUCCUCAAAGCUGACGCUCCCUUCUUCAUGCUGGAUGGUGAUAUUCUGUGCCCCAUGAAGGGUAUGGGAUACGCGUACGGGCCAGAAACCGAGUUUCCGGUCUUUAUAGUCCAGGCCAACUUUGUCAAGGGUGGGCUGCUGCUGUGCUUUGCUUGCAUGCACAACGCCCUGGAUAUGAAUGGACAAGGUACCGUCUUGAAGAUGUUUGCCGCCGCUGGGAGAGGAGACGAGCUCGACCCUACUUUACUAGCGGCCGAAAACCUCGACGCGGAUAGCAUCGUACCACUUCUUAAACCUGGAGAGGCUUCUGCCUCUCACGAUGUUAUGCGCCGGCCAUCGACUCUCACACCCUCCCAGACUACUGCUGGUCCCCCCAGGGCGUUGCCCUGGAAUUACUGGCGGUUUACGGGCGAGGGUUUAGCCCAGCUCAAAAAGACUGCAUCUAGUGGGAGUGAGUGGGUUUCCACCAAUGAUGCUUUAACGGCGUUCCUCGUUCAACGUCUCACGGCAGUUCGCGUUGCUGCUGGGCGAGUGGCGCCAGACGAGGAGGUUCAUCUGUACCGGGCAGUCGACUCGCGCUCGAUCCUGAAACCCCCCGUACCUGACGGCUAUCUGGGCCACCUUGUUUCUCUCGCCGACACAAAGUGGUCCACAGCUCAGGAUAUCUGCGAGUCGUCGUUUGCCGAUCUGGCGGUCAAGGUUAGAAAGUCGUUACGUGAGGUGGACGAUCACUUUGUGCGCAGCUUGGCCACACUGAUUAAAUCCACCGAGGAUAAAUCGACCAUAUUUUACGGAGCAAAGGCCAAACCCGGCAGAGAUUUCAUAUGUUCAUCAUGGGCCCAGCUGCACUGGCUGUCGAAUUGUGACUUUGGUCCGGGACUCGGCACGGUUGAUUUUGUGAGACGAGCUCGUCUGCCUGGUGUUCCUGACCUGACGUACAUCAUGCCCAAAAACCACAAGGGAGACAUGCAUAUCGCAGCAAGCACGUUCAUGGACGAUUUUGUUGGUCUGGUAAACGAUCAACAAUGGAGGGAAUUCGCCCAGUUGGUGGGCUAG